GCCAACUUCCCCCCCUAUUUAAACCUCUCUAUUCCUCUAAACCCUCUCCACACAUUUGUUUGUCAAACAACCAACUAGAGAACUUAUAUUCCCUCUUGAUCUCUUUUCUCCUCUUUGCUCUUUUGUCCCACUAAAUCUAUCCAAAAACAAAAAUAGUACAUCAAAAAAGUGAGUUAUUUGCAUAUUUCAAGAACUUCUUUAUGAAUCAAUAUUGUAAUCCUUGUUCACCUCUAAUGGUUCAUGCACUUGAACAAGAAGAUUUCUUUACUGGUAGAUGCAUACUAGUAAAUGGUCCUGUUAUUAUUGGAGCUGGUCCUUCAGGAUUAGCAGUUGGCGCGGGUCUUAAACGACAAGGGGUUCCCUUUGUAAUCUUGGACCGCGCCAACUGCAUUGCUUCCCUAUGGCAAAACAAGACAUAUGAUCGCCUUAAACUUCACCUCCCGCGACAAUUCUGUGAAUUGCCUUACUUCCCAUUUCCAGAAAACUUCCCUGAGUAUCCUACUAAGUACCAAUUCAUAAGCUACCUUGAAUCUUAUGCAAAACAUUUCGAGAUCAACCCACGAUUUAAUGACUCGGUUCACACUGCUAAGUAUGAUGAAACUUGUGGCUUGUGGAGGGUAAAGACAGUGUCUAAAAAUGGUUCAAUCACUGAAUAUAUAUGCAGGUGGCUUGUGGUGGCUACAGGAGAGAAUGCAGAAAGGGUGAUGCCCGAAUUCGAAGGAUUGCAAGAUUUUGGUGGACAUGUUAUGCAUGCUUGUGACUAUAAAACAGGGGAAACUUAUGAAGGGAAGAAUGUGUUAGUUGUUGGCUGUGGCAACUCUGGAAUGGAAGUUUCACUUGAUCUUUGCCACCAUAAUGCAAGUCCAUCCAUGGUUGUCCGAAGCUCGGUUCAUGUUUUGCCAAGGGAAAUUCUUGGAAAAUCGACGUUUGAGUUAGGAGUUUCGAUGAUGAAAUGGCUACCAAUUGAGAUGGUUGACAAGAUAUUGCUAGUUGCAGCAAGGUUACUUCUUGGAAAUAUAGAAAAAUAUGGUUUAAAAAGGCCAUGUAUUGGACCUUUACAGCUCAAGAACACAGAAGGGAAGACUCCUGUCUUAGACAUAGGUGCGUUACAAAAGAUUAGAUCUGGAAAUAUAAAGAUAGUUCCUGGAAUCAAGAAAUUCUCUCAAGGAAAAGUAGAGUUUGUUAAUGGGGAAAUUCUUGAGAUUGAUUCUGUCAUCUUGGCAACAGGAUAUUGCAGCAAUGUUCCUUCCUGGUUAAAGGAAAAUGAAUUUUUUUCAAGGGAGGGAUUUCCAAAAAGCCCAUUUCCAAAUGGAUGGAAAGGAAAAGCUGGUCUAUAUGCAGUUGGAUUCACAAGAAAAGGACUCUCUGGUGCAUCUUUGGAUGCAAUUAAAGUAUCACAAGAUAUUGGUAAAAUAUGGAAAGAAGAAAUUAAGCAGAAAACUCAAUCUGUUGCUGUUGCAAGCCAUAGAAGAAGCAAGUUACCUUUCUAAUGCCAAGCUAAUAUGAUUUUUCUUUUUCUUUUUUCUUUUUUCUUUUUUUAAUUUUUACCUUUUCUUCCUGUAACUUUACUUGCCAAGUAACAAGCUGAUAGUCUGUAAUGAGGGGGAAAAAAGUAAAGACCAUUUGUGACAAGAGAAGGAAGAGACAAAACAGAGGGCAGCCCUCUCCAGAGAAAUCCCAAAAUUCAUAUUUGGGAAUUUUUGUAGGAAGAAGAGGCUUUUUCAGCAUCUACUUCUAAGGAAAAUUUGUACAAAAGGUUGAAUAAUAUGUAAUAGAAAAUGUGACUUUAUAUAUCUCCUUUCCCGGUAAGUAAUUUAACCAGUUCCAUAAAAAGUAUUUAAAAAAGUGAUGUAAUAUGCAAGUAUGUUGUUCAAAUUAUGCAUUAUGACUAACAGUAUAUUUACCGAUGAUAACGGUAAGGUCUGCGUACACACUACCCGGAGCGGUUGUUGUUGUUGUUGCCUCUUGUACAUCAUGCUUCAAUACUUGUGUGAAGGAAAAUUCAUCUUCUAAUAUUAUCAAGUUGGUAAAGAAGGGUCAAAGGUAAUAGAUAGGUUCUCUCACUCAAUAAAUUUUGGUCCACCCUAGUCAUUUAUUCUACUGAUGGGAUCUAUCUUUAGAACAUGGUCCACCUAGGGUCCCAUUAAAUAUGGUGGACCAAAUAUAUAUAAUUCCAGAACAUCCCUUAUUUCUAUUUAAAUUUGAUAGAGACUCUUCACAACUUUAGUAGGAAAUACCUAUGUAAAACUCUUGGAGCACCUCCAUGUUGCCAAGCACAUGGAUAGAGCCCACACAAAAAACAAAAAACAAAUAAAAAAGAGGGUUAAAAAUAUCCCAUUGCCUUCAAGUCAAACUUGGAAGAUAGCCCCAAGGCUUGGUUCAGUAUAAAACAGCGGCACACGUUAGACGCACAUCAUAAGUUUAAAACUCUACCGCGAACAAAUAGAGCAGUUCGGUGCACAAAGUAUCUUACAUUCACGCAGGGUCCGGAGAAGGCACACCGAUGUAGACAUUUUACCCUCAUGCAAGCAUUAGUGGCUGCUUCCACGGUUCCCAACCGUGACCUAUAGGUCACAUGGAGACAUUUUUACCGCAGACAAAGAGCUUGGUAUAUAUAAAAGGGCAAGGAGUGAGCCCAUUAUUUACUGAGUAUCGAUCGUGCACCAGCUAGCUAGCCCUCUAAAAUUUCUCAGUUAUUAAAAAAGCCAAAAUUGGAGAAUAGUUUGAUACUGCUUAAUCUUUCUUAAAGAGUCACAUGUAUAAUAGUAUACUUUUAAGAGGUUUCCCAAAUUAGAUAGAAUUAGAAUUCCAUACCUCAGACUAGUGCCAUAUGAGUCUAGCUCAGACAUUAUCACCUAGUGAAGUGAGAUUAUCUUGAAUUUCAAAGGGGACAACUGCAUGGAUGGGGUAGCUCAGGGGUCAAAGCACCAUGAAUGAAUGGAAAUUUCCUAAAUCCUUUUCAUCCACAUAUUCCCCUCCUCAGAAGUCAAAAUAUUUCUAACAUUUGUUCAUAAUAUCUCAUAUAACAGCUUGCCUUGCCAAAAAUAGAAAAUUGGAAAAUAGAAACAAUGAUUCAUUUUAUCCAUCUAGUCUAGCUACCUAUCAGAAAAUCUAUAUGAAUCAUUUCCAUGUUAGCAUCCUAGAUUUUUCUCCUGUCUCAUUCUUCUUUAUNUG